CACAACACAGUGCGAGCAGCAAGCAUGACAUAAUCACGACGCAAAUGGGAGAGAGAGUUCACGGCAAUAAAUCACAGUAAAGGCACCCAUUCUUGCAGCCAUACCGCUAUGUAUCGUGGGAGAAAUACAGGCAGUGCAACGGUAGGUAAUACAGCCAGACUAAGGGUAAAUUGCACGACAAACACACGCGCAUAAAUGAAUGACAUCGACCGACAAAGAGGCACAACUACACACAAAGGAACGCACCCACAACAAAGAGGGUCCAUGCGACAGCUAUCUAUGUAGACGCACGCUCCUCUGGUUGGACUGGACACCACACCAUGCCAUGGUGGGCGCGGUGCGUGUGUUUACUCUCAAGAGAGAGUGACCAUGGCGACUGUGGGUGACCGCUUCUCUCCCUCUCUCUCUCGCCCGCUCUAUCCCUCCGACGGGGCCGUCUGUCUGUCUGUCUCUUCGGUAAGUAUCAGUCCACGGAUGCAGUGAGGGAGCAAGGUAGUCAGUAUCUAUCGUCCGUCUAUCUGUGUGUGCGGGGGAGGCAGGCAGGUACUGUACAUGCAGCCAGCCGGACAGCCGGUAGUAAGGCAGCCACUCACAUACGAGUGUCUGUAUAGCUAUCCCGGCACCCAUCCAUCCAUCCAUCCAUAUCAUGUCCCUUUCCCUCUCUCCCUCCCACCACACACUCGCCUCUCAUCCACUCAGCCAUUCACUGGGUAAUUCGCACGCUCCUGACCGUCUUGGGCUUCCACGUGCUGAUGGUGGCGUUGGCCGCACUCACAUACGCCUCUGCCGCAGUGCACCGCCGCACCGUCUUGACCAUGUUGUACCCCUCACACACCAACGAGUGGCCGUCGCCACGGACGAACGAAGUGGACGCCACUGCAGCGCCAUCCUGGGGCUCGUCGGCAGGGGCCUCGUUCUGGCCGGGUGUGAUGGGCUGCUCGUCCCCCUUGGGCUCGUCAACGAUCUGACAGACCAAACAACGAAGGCAACCGCAGCCAUCAUCAAUCCAUCCCGGUGUUGUGUUAUCAUGUGUGUGGGUCGGCCUCACUCAUUCCCUCACCUGUGCAGAGCCGUCGUUAGCCUCGUCAGCGAUGCCCUCCACCUCACCCACCAUGGCCACACCGUCGUCGACGGCAUUGAUGCCGUCGACCGCCAUUGGCGUCGACUCACACACACCGCUGUUGUGCUGGGAGGGGGCGGGGAGGGGGUAGGGAGCACCAACAGACACGUGGAGCGCCGCAGCGUCCGGCAGGUGAGCAUGAGCGGCUUCUACGAUGGCACACGAACGGCCCUCGUCAGCACAACGAUACACCUGAAGACAGACAGACAGACAGACCCAAGGACCAACACAACACACACGUGCACCCACCAUAUGCUAAUCUCAUGUGCGGAGUCGCCCUCGUUCAUUCCCUCACCUGUGCAGAGCCGUCGUCAACCUCGUCAACAACACCCACUACGACAACGGCAUCGAUGGUCCCCAACCCAUCGCCACCAUCCCCCCCACACCCACCCUCGCCAGCAGCCCUGCUACCCUCCUGCACCACCCCUCGGCGGCUCGUGUCGUGCUGUGUCGUCAGGCGGGGGGCGGGGGACGGGGAGGGGGACACACGCACUGCCGACGACUGACGGUGCGAGGCUGACUUGUCCGCACCCCCCGCUACACGCCCCUUGGCGCCCACACGUGUGCCCUUCGUCACGCUGGCGCGGGUGGGCGGCUUGGCCGGCGGGGCCUUGCGGGCGACUGGACACAGUCGAGCUCCGCCGCCGCCGAGCUUGGGGUUCUUCUGCAACAUCUCCCGAUACCUCCUCAGAUCCUCCUCCUUAGCCCUCUGGUGUGCCCUGGCCUUGGCCGCCGCCCUCUCCCUCUGGCGCACAGCCGCUGCCGCCAUAUGCUGAUUGACGUCAGGUCGACUACUGGGCGGCUUGCUGCCGAUGCAUGCACCGCUGCCGAGUCCUGCAGGCCGCUGAGGACGGCACUGGUGGCCACUGCCGUGAUGCUGCGCCUUGCUGCUGUUGCCGGGGGGUCCUGUGCGUGGGAAAUACAUGCCGCAGCCCAUGUAGCUUGCGCGCCCCGACAGUCCAUAGUCCGCCGGGAGACCGUUCUUCUUCACCGCCGGCGGCGGCGGCAUGGUGGCGGAUACGCAAACCACGAAACGAAGAGAGAACUUAUCAAACGCUGGCAACGGCUGUGUUGCUGCCUGCCUGCUC